AUGUACCAGCCGACCUAUCAGCCAUACUAUGGUGCGCCGCGCCGUGCACGCGAGCCGGGCCGAAUGACAGGUGCUUCUCCAGGGCUGGCACCCAGCCUGGGCCGCCCGAGUCCAGGACUGGGCUUUGAGCAUCGUGGUUUUGGAGGCGACCUCCGAGACUAUCGAGACUUUCGAGAGGCAGACUUCAAUGCAAUACCAGGGGCCUGCCCGCCACGUGAGAUCGACUUCCGCGUGCUCAGGCAACGAGAAAACCCUCUCCCUGACUUUCGUAGCCCUGCGCCUGCAAACCCUUGGGGCUUGCGACAAAGGGAAAACCCGCUGCUCACUCAAGAUUUGUACAGCGAGCCCUUCCAGGGCAGAGAGCAAAGGUAUGAUUUGUACAGCCAUGAUCGUGGUGACACUUUCGAACGAGAGAUGUACAGUGACCCUUCUCGAGGAUUUGGGAGGCCCCAGCGAUCAGACCCGCCCCAAGCAUUUGGAGCACGUGCCUGGGAGGAGAAGUCUCGCCCACGGGACUUCCUUUUUGAGCCACCAAGACCCACUGAAGAGAGGCACUACUAUGGUUUGCGCCCACCAGAGGGCCUUCAUGUUCCAGGCAUGCCCAGGCAUCACUUUCCAGAGACCUACCUUGACAGCUUUGUGAAGGAUGCCAGAGGUGCAUUGGGUCGUGAGCAACAAUCUCACAUGCCACCCAUACCACCAGUCCCUCAAGAGCUUCGAGAGACAAUGGAGCGACACCCGGCAAAGCCAGAGCAGCGUACCACAGGGCCGGACGCGGCGAAGGUGCCCGACCUUCCAGAGGUGAUUCCCUUGGGGGAUGGCUUGGUUUCUGACCAAUCUCCGAAGGAACAGCAGAGUGUGGACGAGGCAUCCUCCACUGCCAUGUCCGAGCUACGAGACUGUGAGGCGCAGCUGGAAGAAGCCACACGGCAGUUGCAAAGGACGCAGCUAGCUUUGGUUGGUGCUCAGGUGAGUCCUGGCCAAGCGCGGGCAGACUUGGCGCAGCUGGAAGCCCGCCUGGACCGACUACAAUGCCGUGGUAUUGACUCGGUCUCGACUGCAGGGCUGUCAUCUCAGGACGAGGAUGCCGCGCGGAGCCUUCGGAAGCAUUUGACGAGGGAGGUUGAACAGCUGCAGAGCAGAUUGGAUGACACAUUCAACCAGUUGAAGGGCCGCUGA